ACCAGAGCAUCACAGAGUAAAGUACAAUUACUGCUCGAGGGAUCUGAGAGAACAUGGCCAGCAAAGUAGCAAUCAUUGUGUUGCUGGGCAUUGCUCUGUGCCUCAUAUCUACUGACGCUGUUGUUCGCCUUCCCAGGCAGAGACGUUGCAGAUGUUUUAACCUGGCCAAUAAUUUAUCGCCUGACAUGAGGAUCAAGAACGUUAAAAUAUUUUUCAAGCAGGGUUUAUGCUCAAAGGUGGAGAUCGUAGUCAACUUGAACAGUGGCAGGAGAAUGUGCUUGAACCCUGACUCCAAAAUGGGGAAGAAAAUGAUUAAUUUCAUGAAAACCAAACCUCGUUCUAACUGAAUUGGCCACUGAAUGGCUCUGGACACAAAACGGUGCACGUCGUCGCAAGGUCUUGUUCUACUUUGGAUACAAAUCCCGAAAGAGCGCACGUAGAUUGCUAAAUAAACAUAGAAGAUGGAUUAGAAUACUGGAUUUCUAGAUGUGAUGUUUCUUGCAGAUUGUGCAAUGCCUUUGCUUAGGUUUCUCAGCAUCCUUUAUGUCUGAGCCUUGUAUAAAUAUGACCCAAUUGUUAUGUAAAUGAUGUUGAAAAACUAUGUCUUAUUUGGUUCCGAAUGCAUCAACAAUUGAACUUUUGAUUCUGUUGAUAUUAUUUCAACACUAUUUAGUUCCAAUGUAGAUGGCUGUGAACUUUUGGUAUAUAUUUUCUGUACCUUUUCUAGGAUGUUUUCAUAAUAAAAAAUAGCGCCUA